GAAAGAUCUGGUCGCAGGGAGAGGAAAAGCCGUAAUCGUCGGCGUGCUUCCAUCCUGACAGCAUCCUUCACGGCUGCUCGUCGAACCUCUGGGCACCAGCCCCUUCAGCUUCACGGAAAAGGGCUCGGAUGAAUUCCUGUGUGUGCCACAUCGUUUGCUGGAAAUGUGCCUGGGGUACCACUGAGCGAGGAAUGUGCAUCUAACAACUGCUAACAGGAAUGGAGCUGCCUGGGAGGGGGCGUUUGGGACUUCCGAGCUCUUGGAGACGCAGCCAGAUGAAGUCCCCUGACUUGGACCCGGAUUUGUUUACAGAAAGUUACUGCAAGGUGUGCAGUGCUCAGCUGAUCUCUGAAUCUCAGCGUGUGGCUCAUUAUGAGAGUCGAAAACAUGCAAGCAAAGUUCGACUUUAUUACAUGCUCCACCCUAUAGAUGGUGGGUGUCCAGCCAAGAAGCUGCGAUCAGAAAAUGGAAGCGAUGAUGACAUGGUGGAUAAAAACAAGUGUUGUACCCUCUGUAACAUGUCUUUUACAUCAGCAGUGGUGGCUGACUCACAUUAUCAAGGGAAAAUCCAUGCCAAAAGGUUAAAAUUGUUGCUAGGAGAACAACCCCCGGUAAAGGCCACAGGGAAUGCUGGAAAGGAGCAGAGAGUGGAACAUAGUGAAGGCACUCAACUCGAAGAACUACAGGAAACCCCCUUGAGUCCACUCAAGGCACCUCACUCGGCCAGCACCCCAGGGGUGGCUGUGUCUUCACCCCAUCGGCGAAGAGAUUCAGACAGAUACUGUCAGCUCUGUGCAGCCUGGUUCAAUAACCCUCUGAUGGCCCAGCAGCAUUAUGAAGGCAAAAAACACAAAAAGAAUGCCGCCCGGGUGGAUUUGUUAGAACAACUAGGGAAGACGCUGGAUCUGGGGGAGUUGAGAGGUCUGAGGCGCAGUUACACGUGUAGCAUCUGUCAUGUCACCCUCAACUCAAUAGAACAGUAUCAUGCCCACCUGAAAGGCUCGAAACACCAGACCAACCUGAAGAAUCAGUAGUGAAAACAUCUGGGAUGAGAAAACAAGGGAUGAGGAAAAAAAAUCAGAAUUGCUUCUGCCAAGGAGAAUCACUUACCAACCAGUGGAGGAGGAAUCUUUCUUGGACAAUGAACAUUUCUUAAGUGGAUUCACAAAUUAACAUAGUAAUUUUAGUGUGGGGAAGCAACUGGAUUUUCUUUCUUUAAAAAAAAAAUUAUUUAUGGUAAGUUAAGACAUUGGAUGGAUUAAAAACAACUCCCAGAAAACAGAUUCUACACACAUUCUCAAGUAUAAUACUGUAGCAAAUGGCUGAGGAAGAAAAUUAUUCAACCUCAAAGACAGCAGAGAUUUAGAACAAAAGAAACCCCACAAAACAAAUACAACUUUUGGGGUAUUUAUUCUAGAUUUCUUUGGAGUAUAAUUAUUCUGUUAAAAUAUUGAUGAUUGUGAUGUAAAACCAUCUUCCACCAGAAACAAACAUUAUUCCUCCACCAUGUUCAGCAUGAUUGGUGACAACGGGCAAAGAAUCAGACUGAAGCUCAAUCAAUAGGAGAUGUAUAAUGGAUGAAUUCAUGCUGCCUUUAGAAAUGUGGAUGUAUUAUGCCAACUGUACAAGGAAAGCUUGGAGACAAAGAAUGAAAUCACCAACUCUUUUCUCUGUUGUUCAUAUACAGCUUCUCAAGGUUGAAAUAGGGAUUUUCCCUUAAGAGACCAAAAGAAUGUUAAAUGUAAAGCAGGAGGGGGAAAGCAUGCCCAUGGGAAUAAUACUCUUCCACCCCCAUGAUAGUUGGCUCCAGUUUGUUUAUCAGGUAUCAGAUAAAAAAAAGAGUCCUUUAAAUUGAAUGAAAGUUCAUUUGACAUGAACUUGAGUUAUGACCUUUUAAUUUGGGAGGAAUUGUAUUUAAGCCAACAGAGGUAAAUUUAAAUGGAAGGUAAGAGGAGGGAUGUCAGUUUGGCCAGAGCACUGGGGUAGAGAUCUUUGUGUAUGUUUCAUUAUUUCUUUCUAAUGUCACUGUCUUGGGUUUCCUGGAAGCUUCCACAAAGAUGAACAUUUAACUCACAUUAAUUGUGCAUCAGUGCUACAGAUGGUGCCCAGGUAGAGUUCACAAAGGACAUGGUAAGAUCAGGGAGUCUUUUUUCUGACUUCCAAAAAAAGAAUCUGGAUUUUCUGGAUCAUGAUUGCUAUUUUUGUAGAGAAUGGAGGUACUUGAAACUCAGUGAGAAAUAGAGGAAAUGCAUUUCAAAAGAAGGCAAACAAUCAUCUUAAUAACACAGUUUUGGACUUAAACAUGAUACCUAUCUUUUGAAGAGAAGCCUUCUCCGUCCACAGACUGAUCAAGGAAAACCCAAGGGGAGGCAGGGACACAAAGCUUGGAAACAGUAAUAGCUAAGUAAAAGUUUUCCAACAUGAACAAAGAGAACUAUAUUUCGUAAAUAUAUAGCUGUAAAAAGGCUGGUAUAAAUGCUUCAGAACACCUGACAGUCUCCCAUACCAUUAUAGGUGGUUUCUUUUGGCUGUGUACAAUAUAUUUUGUCAAUUUUGCUAUAAAGUAAGCAAAAUCUGUAUAUGUAUAUGUAUAUAAAUAUAUUAAAUAGUGUGUUUCUUUA